AUGGGCAAAUACGGCUAUUCCGUUUGGAUGGGAGGUCUCCCCGAGCGAGUCCGAUCCCGAGACAUCGAUGACUUCUUCAAAGGCUAUGGAAAGAUUGUCGACAUUUCCAUCAAGACCAAAUACGCUUUCAUCGAGUUCGAAGACGAGCGGGAUGCCACCGACGCUGUGAAAGACUUGGACGACCAAAAGUUGAACGGCUCGCGCGUCCGUCUCGAAAUGUCCAAGGGCUGCAAGGACAAGUACCGAGACUUCCAGCGCACUGGGCGCGUCAGAUACCGCUCCUACUCGAGAUCUGUCUCUCCUGGACGCCGUCGCCAUCGUUCUCGAUCGCCCUACGGAGGACGAGGACGCUCUCGAAGCCGAUCACCCGCUCGGGGCUACGAUCGACGAGAAACCUUCUACUCCAAGCCCGCCUACAAGAAGUACGGAGCCCCUGAAAAGACCCGCUGGACGGUGGAAGUCGAUAACUUGAGCUCGCGAUGCAGAGUCCCCUGUGCGCAAGAAAACGCGUGCUGGCAGGAUCUCAAAGACUUCAUGCGAAAGGCUGGAGAAGUGACUUAUGGGGACGCCCACGGUAGCGACCUCGGACGAAACCGAGGAGUGGUUUGCUACGAGCGAGAGGAUGAUGCACGACGAGCUGUUGAAGAGCUCGACGGCCGAGACUUCAACGGACGCGAGGUCAAGCUCGUCUUCAAGGUUCGAGAAGAAUGGGGUGACUCUGGCGGAAGUGGCCGACGAGGAAGAUCUCGAAGUGACUCUCGAGGUCGAUCCAGAAGCCGAUCUCGAUCUCCACGACGUCGUUCCCGAUCGCGCUCUCGAUCCGGCCGUCGGGAACGCGGCUCCCGGGACCGUUCCCGAGACCGCUCCCGAUCGCGAGACAACAAGUCCCGCGAGAAGUCCCGAGAUCGAUCCCGCUCGCGAUCCAAGAGCAACAAGCGAGACUCGCGCUCCCGAUCCCGAUGA